AUCAAGAAGAAGGCGUGGGGGAAGAAAACGAAAAGAAGGACGUCAGGAGAAAGUGCCGCUGUGCAGGUUAAACUGAUAAGAAUUUGGGUUCGGAGCAAUAGUGGACCAUGCUGAGGGCCUGUCUGAGAGGAGCUAAUGUCACAGCCCGGAAGAACUGCGGGAGAACCCCUCUACCCAAUCUGCAACACUGCCGGCACUACACAGCAGGAGAGCCCAGUGGUGCUGCUAAAGUGGUUGCUGCUGGCUUACUGACAGUAGGCGGUGGCGUUGGAGGUACGAUACUCUACGCCAAAUGGGACCACAAGUUCAGAGUGGCUGUGGAGAAAAAUGUUCCAUACUCAGACAAGCUGCUGGGUCUGGCUCUGGGACCCGCUUCUCCAGACGUCAUCCCCGUCAGGAAACAGAUGGAGAUGUCCCAGCCUCCCUCUAUGAUGGAGAAACCUCUGAAGGCGUCCAAAGCAAAGUCUGAGAAAAAGCUGACGGAGGCAGCAGAGAGUCCAGCCAAAGAGACGAGUCCUGUCCCAGCACCGCCUGCACAGACCAUAGAGGAGGCUUCAGCAGAGGCUUCUCACAUCAUCUCAGCUAUGAGUGAGGUGUCAACAGUCCCUGCUCCGUGUGACACAGAGGCAGCAGUCAAAGAAGAGUGCAAAGACUGUCAUGCCCAUGAGGACACCCCAGUGACAGCAGCAGUCGUCCCUGACACAGAGUCAUCCGCCGAACCAGAACCUCUGAAAGAGAGACCAGUAGAAGAAGUGGCAGCUAGACUGGCUCAACAGGACCAGGAGGAGCUGGACACCUUAGCAUCUGUAUCAGCAAGUCUUGAGGACUCACUGGCCAGUUCGGCUAAAGCUACGCUGCAGGCCAUUGGAGCUCAGGAGGCAGCCCUGCAGGCCAUCACACGGCACACACUCAAACUUAAGGAGGCGAUGGAGGCAGAGGUCCCACCUCAGGAGAAGUCAGCCCAGUGGAAGGAUCUAGAAGCUACUCUGGCGGAUAGAACCUCUGCUGUGAAUGAUGCUGGAGCUGCUCUGUUGAAUGCUAAUGAAGCGCUGGACAGUCUCAGGUCAGUGAUUGACAAGUCUAAAGGGCUGAAGGUCGUUGCUGUCCGCCCGCUGGUUUUAGCAGCAGAGGAGAAUCUCCAUAACAUGGUGGUGGACUUGGACAAAGUGGUUACAAAGGUGCAGUCUGCAGAGUCAGAAGCUAAGAUUGUCUCCCAGUACAGUGACCUGGUUAAUGAAGCCAAACUACAGUUCCAGAGGGAAGUAAGCAGCCUGACUCCAGAGAUCCAGGCCAACUGGAAGGGACUCACUGGUAAACUGUCACCGGAUGACCUCAACGCCCUGAUCGCUCACGCACACCGUCGCAUCGACCAGCUGAACCGAGAGCUGGCUGAGCAGAGGGUCAGAGAGCAGAUCCACAUCGACGCGUCGCUGGAGCAGCAGAAGCUGGAGGACCAGAAAGCCCAGGAGAAAGCUGUCAGCACGGCCGUGCAGCACAUCAAGGAGGAGGCCCGGCUGGAGCAGGAGAGGAAGCUGUCUGAGUUAAGGGAAGUGAUGGAAGCAGAGAUGAGGACUCAGCUGCGCCGUCAGGCGGCUGCUCACACAGACCACGUCCAAGAUGUCCUCAAAGUCCAAGAACAGGAGCUGAAAGCUGAAUCUGAGCAGGUCCUGAACAGUGCCAUGUUGGAGCAGGAGACCCGCUACCGUCAGCUGAGCCAGGAGCAGCUGGACAACUUCACUCUGGAUAUGAACAGCGCUUACGCGAGGCUGAAGGGCAUGGAGGAGGCUAUCGACAGUCAUGUGAUCGCAGAGGAGGAGGCUCGUAAAGCUCACCAGCUGUGGCUCUCUGUGGAGGCUCUCAACUACACCUUAAAGACGGCUGGCGCCGAUUCCCCCACCGUGCCUCUGGAGGGCGCCGCUCAGGCCGUGCGAGACAGCUGCAAAGACAACGACUUCGCCUUGGCUCUGGCGACGGCUCUUCCGGAAGAAUCCCUACAGCGUGGCGUGUACAGUGAGGCCUCUCUGCGCGCCCGCUUUAACUCGCUGCGAUCGCUGGCUCGCCGGGUCGCCCUCAUCGACGAAACCCACAACUCCCUAUACCAGUACUUCCUGUCCUACCUGCAGGCUGCGCUGCUGUUUGAGAGCAAGCAGGAAGCCCCACCCACCCAGCUGAGCAGCGAGGAUUUGGAUGCAUUCAAGCUCCUGUCGUACGCCAGCUACUGCUUAGAGCACGGCGACCUGGAGUUAGCAGCGAAACUGGUGAACCAGCUCAGAGGAGAGGCGAGGAGAGUGGCGGAGGACUGGCUCACCGAGGCCAGACUCACUCUGGAGACCAGGCAGGUUGUCAGUCUGCUGGCGGCUUACGCAAACGCCGUGGGCUUAGGAACCACCCAGGCGCCAUAGACUGACACUCCCCUUUAACCCGGCAACGCUUAAAGGAACAGUCCACUGAAAAUCUCUCUUUGAGCAUCACGCAGGGGACUGAAGGUCUGACAGGGAGCGUGGAGGAGGUGAUGGAUGCAUGUCUGUGGAGGAGAGCAGCCAGAGGAGAUUUUCAAUGGCCUGUUCCUUUAAGUUGACUGAAGUAAUCCAAGUGAUUGAUGUUAAGACGCAGCGGAAUUUAAUUUGUUUUAAAGCACUAAGUCACCAUGGAGGAAUAUUUGUAAAAUAUAAUGAUGCACCCUCUUCAUGUAGUCAUGUUAAUUGAGGCCCACGGGUCUGGUUCAGGUAUUUAUUUCUGGCUAACCCUCCCACCCCUGCCCAAAGUGUCGUGGAACAUGAAUCCUAACACUGAGGAAAGAAUGUGUCAUGCUGCAUUUUAUUUUUGUCAAUACUGCACAUGUUCCAAUAAAUCCUAAACAACAA